GUCGUGCCGGCGCCGGUGAUCUGUAUCUUACUAUUCCGAAUUUCCGAGGCAGUGGACACGCGAACGUCGCGAAGUACUCGUGGCUGACACUAUGCCAUCCUGUCUUCGUGUCCCAGUCAGCUCGAGGCGAAUUCAGUACUAACGGCCCUUUGAAAUGUUGAUUCUAUCACAGCAUAAUUUCAACACUCUUUCUCCUUUUGUUCACUUCGAUCUCCCAAGUUCCACAUUCUUCUUUACUUAAAUCCCUUUCAGCUGCCUGUAGGUUUACGCGUACGGGUUCAGAGGGCCCCGGGUGGAGAUCACAAUGGCGCUAUCUCGUUCAGCUCGCAUAACACUGUUGCUCGUCAUUGACAUCCUAUUUUUCUUCUUGGAACUCGUCGUUGGUUAUGUUGUCGGUUCCCUUGCUCUCGUCGCCGAUAGCUUCCACAUGCUCAAUGAUGUGAUGAGCUUGGUUGUCGCUUUGUAUGCUAUCAAGCUCACGGGAAAGACCGCCGAUCAUUCUCGUUAUUCCUAUGGCUGGCAUAGGGCCGAAAUUCUUGCAGCUUUAACCAAUGGUGUUUUCCUACUUGCAUUGUGUUUCUCUGUUAGCUUGCAGGCAGUGGAACGCUUCUUCAGUAUUCAAGAUGUAUCGCACCCACUUCUCGUGGUCAUAGUGGGAGCCUGCGGUCUGGCCUCAAACAUUUUCGGGUUUCUCUUGUUCCAUGAACAUGGUCACUCUCAUUCGCAUGGUCAUUCUCAUGGUGACAAGGAGAGCGGCCAUGUACAUGCAUCACAUGCAACGCACACUGUCACCAACGAUAUACCCCUUCAGGACUCAUCGAUCACAGUUCGUACUCGCACAGGAUCUUACUCGUCGAUGUACGGACACCCAGCCGCUACCCGAGCUGCAGUUUCACAAGCCGCGCAGGAUAUUGCCAUAGCUUCCCCUGGUUCACACCAGCGAAACGCCUCAUCAUCAUCUCGUUCUAUACGGAUGGUUCCUGACGGUUCGGUAGAAAUAAACAUCACGGAGACUCGUAUCGACCACCAGCAUGGCAAAAUCGAAUCCUCCACAAGACCCCCACUUCCGAGCGGUCAAAGUCACAGUCAUGGUCAUUCACAUGGAUCAAUGAAUAUGCGCGCCCUAAUGCUUCACGUCAUGGGUGAUGCUCUCGGCAACGUUGGUGUGAUUGUUACAGGUCUCAUUAUCUGGCUCACCACUUGGGGUGGUCGGUUCUACCUCGAUCCCGCAGUCAGCAUCAUCAUCACUAUCAUUAUUUUCACAUCUGCCUUACCUCUAGUUCGGAAUACCUCGUUCAUCUUGCUUCAAGGAGUCCCACACACCGUAUCGCUCGAAGACGUGCGCGAUUCCAUCCUGAAAGUAGACGGCGUCCUAUCAGUACACGAGCUUCACAUCUGGCAGCUCUCAGAAUCCAAGAUCGUCGCAUCUGUACACGUCAUGGCCUCGAGGAACCAUGAUUUCAUGCCCAUCGCUGCGGACAUACGCAAGGCUCUGCAUCUGAAUGGCAUCCAUUCCAGCACCAUCCAGCCGGAAUACCAUUACCGUCCUUCUAUAACCAGUGAGGAUGGUCUGAAAACAUCUGUGGAUUCGCCUUGCUUGAUUCUGUGUCCUGAAGAUCAGCAUUGCGACCCCCUAGAGAAUUAUUGCUGCCCGCCGCCACCGCCGCCCACUGUGUGAACACAGCCAUAGUACCUAUACCUUAUUCUACUUCAUUAAAUAGUGGAGUCAUGAUCCAGA